AUGAAUCUCAGAUUCAUAUUGUGUUGCGCGUUGUCCCUGUCAGUUGGGCAUUGCAACGCAAGAAAAUGCACAACUAGACGUACCACUGGCUAUCCCACGAGCACGAGCACGAGCGUCAGCAGCGCGGCGCCAACAUGCAGCGCUGCACCGAGCACGCUGCACCUCAAGUCUUCGCCCUACGAGAACUACUUCAUCUCCGACUGCCAUUCGUCUGGCCAGGUGGUAGUCACAUCGCCGGCCGAGGGGGACGACUUCACUGUCAUCGCUCCGCGGCUCUUGUUCGCAUGGCCGGCGGGCAACAGUGGCGCGGCUUUGCUCUUCGUGCCGGACAACGGCAUCAACGGCAGCCUGACCAUUGAGGCGGUCAACUCUAGCACUGGCACGCCUUUGGGGCCGAUAUACAAUCCCGCGCCUGCUGGGGCCAAGAACCAGAACGCCAGCUACGGCAUCAGCACGCAUGUCAGCCUCAACUCCACCGCGCGCCUGAACGUCGCUAUCCUUGGCAGCAUCCGGACCAUCCGCGACUACGUGGAGGGGCCGAGCAUCCUGCGGCCGGAGAUACAGUCAGCGCUCAAGUUUGAGGAGAACAAGGACGGAGGCGUGACCAUUAGCCGGUUGUGGCUGGACAACACAACCACUACGACUGUCGUCUUCUCGCCCGCCUCGGACAACAUCAAGGCCAAGGUGAACAAUCAGUCGGUGACAUUCGCAGCCGGGACCUGGGCUGUCAACGCCUCGUUCAACUACCCGCAGCCGACGCAACUUGGCGACAAGCAGGUUCUGCAGCCCGAGUCCUACAACCUCAUUGAGCGGAACGCAACACUGGUGGAGUCCCUUGCGUUUCUUUCGUACACGGAUAAGCUGCUGGCCGGCGCUUGGAGGUUUCUCACCUACUUUGGGCGCGACUCGAUGAUCGCAACGUUGUUAAUGGAGCCGGUUCUCAGUCAAGGCAAAGGAGGUGCGAUCGAGGCGGUCAUAGCUGCGGUGCUGGAUCGUGUGAACAGUUCUGAUGGUUCUGUUUGCCAUGAGGAGACCAUAGGUGAUUACUCGACAUGGCAGAAUCUCCGAGAGAGCAUUCCAAGCACAGCACCUCAAUGCGAUUACAAAAUGAUCGAUACGGACUUUUACUUGCCCAUCCUAAUGAAUCAGUAUUUUGUUCUCAACCCAAAUGGAUCAGCCCGGACAUCAGAAUUCAUGAAGACAGGCGUCACGUUCUUUCCGAAAGACGCAAACCUCACAUACGGAGACAUGGCGCUCAAGACGGCAGAGAGGAUCAUGGAGAAGGCGGCCCCCUUUGCCAGUAAUCAGUCGAUUGCAAACCUCAUCCACCUGAAGGACGGCCAGUCUGUCGGGCAGUGGAGGGACAGCGGCUCCGGGCUUGGCGGUGGCCGGAUCCCGUUCGAUGUGAACACUGCGCUUGUCCCCGCGGCACUUCGAGCUAUAGGCUCGCUCUCGCGCCACGGCUUCUUCAAUCACUCGGACUGGAAAGAGACAGCAGACGCAUACGCCAAGGUGUGGGAGGACAAGACGCUAGACUUCUUCACGGUGACGGUGCCCGAGUCCGACGCCAAGGACCUGCUCAAGGCCUACGUCAACGCGUCUUCGUUUGCCGGGUCGGACCAGUCCGGCUCCAUCGACGGGGACGUCGACUUCUACGCGCUCGCGCUGGACGGCAGCAACGACCAGGCCAAGGUCAAGGUCAUGCACUCCGACACGUCCUUCCGGCUCUUCCUCGUCAACGGCACCGACGACGCGCAGCUGUCGGCCUUCCUCAACGACACGGCCAAGUCGAUCGUCCGCACGUUCCCGGCCGGGCUGCUGACGGACGUGGGCAUGCUGGUGGCGAACCCGGCCUUCACGGGAGUCGCGUCGGACGCCAAGACCUUCGCCACGAACGCAUACCACGGCACGGUCGUGUGGGGGUGGCAGCUCGCCAUGAUGGCCCGAGGCCUCGAGCUCCAGAUGUCGCGGUGCGGCGGCAACAGCGGCUCGGCAUCCGCUGCGCCGCCUGCGUUUUGCGGCGACAAGGCUGUCUACAACAAUGUGGUCGCCGCGUACAACAAGCUCUGGGACGUGAUCGAGGCGAACAGCGAGCACUUGAGCAACGAGGUGUGGUCGUGGACCUACGGGGACAACAAGUUCAAGUACAUCGAGCUCGGUGCUCUGCCGCCUCCGCCGGGAUCCAACCCUGUCGAGUCGGAUAUUGUGCAGCUUUGGAGCCUGACCUUUUUGGCUGUGAAGCGCAAUGGCAAGUUUCGGGAUUCUUGA